AUGACCGCUGGAGGUCCGCCGGGCAAGCGAGGAAAAAGAGGACGAAAAGGAGAAGGUGGAGACGUUGGACCACCUGGACCAGUUGGGCCGCCGGGGAAACCUGGUUUUCCGGGUGCCAUUGGGAUAGAUGGGCCGAAGGGAGAUCCGGGCGAGAAGGGUGAAAAAGGUGAUAAGGGUGAAAGUGGAGGUGAUCUUUUCACGACAACUAAAGGUGUAAAGCGCUCCGUAACUAGUCUACAAGGUGGAACGGUCGGCUUUGCCGAAGUGGUCGCCAUGAAGGGACUUGCCAGCCUUGGUAUGACUUUAGCCCCUGGUGAUUUGCUUUUACUAAAAGGAGAACCUGGUGUUCCUGGCCCUCCUGGGCCUCCAGGCCCUCCAGGACCUACAGGAUUGCCUGGGUUUGAUGGAAGAGUCGGUUUACCAGGUGAACCAGGACCACCAGGUGAACUGGGAUCUUCCGGCCCUCCAGGACCUGUUGGUCCCAUGGGAAAAGACGGAUUACCAGGUCCAAAGGGUGACAAAGGAGACCGGGGAUUUAUGGGAGCACCUGGCUUACCCGGGAUGCCUGGGAAACCGGGCAUUAGACUUCCGGGACAUCUCGGACUACCUGGUCCUAAAGGCGAAAGAGGCGAGAAAGGAGACAAAGGCGACCGUGGUCUCACGACAACGUUAGACGGCAAUGCUUUUCCGACGGGUUUCAUCGAAGGUCCUCCUGGACCACCAGGUCCACCAGGACCGGCUGGACCUCCUGGAAGAAAGGGAAAACGAGGUCUUCCAGGAAAGGAUGGCACACCCGGACUUACUGGACUUAAAGGAGAGCCUGGAAAAGGAGUGAAAGGGGAGAAAGGAGAAAAGGGAGAUUUAGGCUCGCCUGGUUAUUAGGGUGACAGAGGUUUUCCAGGAUUACCAGGAUUCAAUGGUUCGAAAGGAGAAAAUGGAAUUCAAGGUCCUCCAGGAUUACCAGGAACACACGGAGCUAAAGGUGACAAAGGAGAAAGGGGGGAUUUGGGAGCUCCUGGACUGAUGGGACCACCCGGAUUACCAGGACCUCCUGGUAGGCUUGGCCUGAAAGGAGAUAAAGGCAGUAAAGGGGAUCUGAUGCCGCUUCGUUACUGGAAGCAGG